CAACUUCUGCUCAGGGCUUUGUUCAAACAGUUUGUUUUUUGAAUGCUGCAGAACAAGAUUCCGUUCCGAUGUGAUGAUCAUGUUACCAGUUCAACACCGGACUGCAGACAUGUCUCAUUUAAGACAACUGAAGAGGCUUUCGUUGAACCAUGGCCUCUGGUGCCUGCUCCUGUGCUGUCUGGCACUGCUUAUAUGGUUAUCCAGCAACUCCGGGUGUGACAGCUUUCCACUCAAAGACCCCUACCAGAGGUUUUCAAAUACGGUUCAGCGCCCUACUUCUUACCAUGACCGAUUGAACAACAUAAUUAAACCAAUUAAAACCAAAGAAAGAAUUACUGUACCUCCUAAUGUACUUCCUCCUGUGUAUACUACCCUACCUCCCAAGGGUCUUCAGUUCCAUCAAGCCUACCCACGUAACUACCACUUCAUAAUGGAUAACAAAGAAGUCUGCAAGACCAAUACCCCCUUCCUGGUCUUGUUGGUUCCAGUGGCACCUAAGAACGGGGCGGCUCGGGACGCCAUCCGGCAAACGUGGGGCAAAAACAGCGAGGUUCAGGGGGAUGUGGUGCUCACCCUGUUCAUGCUGGGCCUUUAUAGAGGAGCCGAUGUGGAUGUGGUGCAGGAGAAACUCCAACAAGAGAACCUACUGCACCACGACUUGAUCCAGAGCAACUUCCUGGACACUUACCUCAAUCUGACCAUCAAAACCAUGGUGAUCAUGGACUGGCUGGCCACUCGCUGCCCCAAAGCAGUGUACGCCAUGAAGGUGGACUCGGACAUUUUCCUGAACAUUGACAAUUUAGUGAUGAUGCUACAGAAGCCAGACAUCCCUAAGCUGAACUACCUGACCGGGAUGCUCAUGUGGCACAGGCCGGUCAUCCGAUCAAAGAGCUCCAAGUGGUACGUCCCUGUGGAGAUGUACCCAGAACCUUUCUACCCCACCUACACUCUGGGAAUGGGAUAUGUCUUCUCCAACGAUCUUCCGAAGAAGAUUGUGGAGGCUUCAAAAUCGAUCAAUCACUUUACCAUAGAGGACGCUUAUGUUGGAUCUUGCAUGAAAAAGCUGGGACUUUCGCCCCGAUCUCCACCCAAUCCGUCCCAGUUCGGGGCCUAUAACCGGAAGUAUGAUCGCUGCCAAUAUUCCAAGAUCAUCACUUACAUCCUGGAGUCUCCCAAACAGCUGGUGGAUUACUGGACAGACUUGAAGAGGCCUGAACCCCCUUGUUAGGACACUGACACAUCACCUGGAUGCAGGAAACUGGAAGGUUGAUUUAUUUGUGUGUUUCUUUUGGGGGGGCCAAUAGCUCAAUCUGUAUGGAUUGGAAAUGGGAGGAUCGCCGGUUCCUAGACUGGACAACGUACCAAGUGUUAACUGGUACCAUGUACCAUUCUACCUCCGGGGCACUGCCAGGUGGUGUUUUUAUUGCCUUUGAGCAUGGCACCAGACCCCAAACUGCUCUGAUAACAACAGAAAUGAGAAUUUGUGAUCACCAAUGGGAAAACAGGUUUUUCAUCUGCAUUAAAGAAAUGGUCAUCAUGAGGUACUUUCAUGACUUUUGACAAGCUAACCAAUCAGAGCAGAGUGGGCUCUGGAUUCAGAUAGAGGGCGAAAUGAUGUGCUGCAAAUAAAGAGCCUUUUAAACAUUAAAGCAUGGAGACAUGUCCCAGUAAAAAAUGAAUACUAAUAUACACCUGAACAUCAGCAGGAGUUUUUUCUUUUAAAGCUUGAUCUGGUUCUGGCUUAGUUUCACACCUUCGGUCCCCCAUAGCAGAGACACAGGUAUAUAUGGAAUGCUUAUCACCAUUAGCAGAGAAGAAGAAGGAACCCUUACUGGUCCCACAGAGGGGGACACCACGGUAGCACUCUUUCGGGGAUUUGAAUUGGUGACCUUCCAGUUCCCAGGCCACAUGUAUGCUCUCUCUAUAGUUAACUUUAAAUCUUUAACCUAAUUGCUGUAUGGUUUGGUUGUAUUUUCAAACUUUAAUAUAUACAGCUCCGGAAAGAAUGAAGAGACCACUGCAGCAUAUCAGUUUCUCUGGUUUUUACUAUUUAUAGGUUUGUGUUUGAGUUAAAUUAUAUAUAUAUAUAUAUAUAUAUAUAUAUCUUUUUAUUGUAUUCUAUAAACUAUUGACAACACUUCUCUGUGUUGGACUUCAACAGACAUUGGAAUGGCUGCCAUACAUACAUGAAGAUUUAAGAAACAUUUGGAGUGGUCUCUUCCUUUUUUCCCGAGCUGUGUGUUAAUACCACUUUUUAUUCUAUUUUGACAGUUUUUUGUUGCAGUGUUAUGAGUUUGUUCGUGUUAUCCUGAUCCAUAUUAGUAAAAAUAUGCUUCUAUUUGUCACGAUAUGUGUUGUCUCGUUCAUACUACCAAAUCAAAUUAUUGUCACCCAUGUUAUUAUGUAAGUAAAAUCCUAUUUUUUCAGAUGUUUUAUUCCACCACUAGGUGCUGCAGCAGGAUAAGAUGAAUGCUGACCAGCAGAGCAAGUGGAUCCUGCAUCUAUAUUAAAACAAUGGAUCUAACCCUGACCCCGACCCUGACCCUCUCAUCUCCAGAGAGCCACCUGGUACAAAACCGUUUUAUGUUUCUUUGGUUUAAAAAAAACUUGUUAAUGCACAUAUUGCUCCAAACAUCCCCCAGAUCAGGGUUUCAGAAGUACAUUUUUAGCUUUAACUGAAUUGUAAUUUUCUUAAAAGGCAUGACCUAUUGGUUUCAUGGGGCUGAGGGUAAUAACAUUUGUUAAUAGCCCUUUUCAUUCUGUUUAGCCUCCAGGGGCUUAGAGGUCUAUUGAUCAGGUAUUGCAAAACCAACUACUCAAGCAGUGAGACUUGUUUUGGAUGGAUUAGUCACUGAAGCAGGAGGCUUUCAGUCCUUACAAAGAGAAGUCCCUUAAGUGUUUUGGUGGCUCAAAAUCAUGUUAUCUCUUAACAAUCACUGAACACGUUCCCUUCAUUGAUGCAUACAGCUCUAAACUGUAUGUGGCCACCGUCGCUUUUCCCUGUGGAACAAGUGACUUACCUUAUAGUGUAGCCUCCACCCUUCUGGUUUCAGCCUUUGCAGCAGAUAUUUAUGCUUUGACAUGGCUUGAAUCCAACUAAGUGUCCAACUCCAUGUAGACGCAUACAGCAUAUCCAAACAUUACAAAAUGUUUUAAGGUUUGUUUGAGAUGAGCUUUGCUUUGCUUUGUAGGUAAUACAAAUAUUAAAGAUGCAGGGGUAAACUAAAUGAAAGUAGUAGGACAGCCUGGUUCAUUUAAGGAGAAAAUGAGAUAGAAGCCGCAUUUCCCCCCUUUCAUAAUGGACAACAACUGACCAACCACUGACCAAACUGAAGAAGAUAUAAAGCAGCAGCAGCACAAAUGAGUGUGAGUCAGGUGUGUGUUCUUACUAAAUCCAUACAUGAGGGUGUUUGUAAAAGGAAUACCACCUUUUCGUUAUCCAAACCGUUUCGUUUUUUGAAAAAUGUUCACUUUUUGAUAAUGCAUAAAUACAGGGGUUUUUUUUAUGUAAAAUAUUACCCUACCCAUCAAAUACAUGCAAUGCUGUUUAAAUUUGUGGAUAAAAACAUUGUGCAAGUAAAUUGAUAAUGAAAGUGUGUUUAAUCAACUUGUUUGGGAGUUAGGUAAAACUUACAGAGCUUAUGUGAGAGUUUCAUCACAAGCUAAAAUCUCCCAUUGAGCACUCAACUUGAUUUACUAACCCCCCAGGCUUUCCUUGUCGAAUCAACAAGUUUUGAAAAAAAAUUAAAACAUUGACUUUCAAUACAUAUAUUAUUUCAACAGAUUUCCCACAACUGUGUUAGGGUUAGUUGAAAGCAUUAAUAGUAUGUUCGGAUACAAAAUAUUAGGUUCAACGUUGCCUUAGGUAGCUAACUUUGAGGCUAUAAAGAAACCUUUUUGAGAGUCUGAUUAACGAUCUGUUCCCAUUUAUACUCAAAAGCAUUAUUGGGGUCCAUCAUGGUUGUUGGGCGAUAUGGCCAGUCAAGGAUAGGUCUCCCUGCAGGACAGAAACGCUUUCCUAUACCAGAUUUGGAUAAGCUUUUAAAUUCAGACAAUAAAGCUGAAAGCACACAGUUCUGUAGUGUGCCAGAGGAUUAAGUUUUCCCUUAAUUGAAAAGCGUCUGUCAUCUCUAAAAAUACAUUAAUACAAGGCUUAAAUCAAAAGGUGAAAAGCAAGUCAAGGCAAAACUGAACAAAACGUCCCGACAAACAACAUACAAGGAGCCAACAAUGACUGAAGGAAAAUCAGGACUUAAAUAGAAUCUGAAGUAAUGAGGGGAUGAAGUGCAGGUUUUCAGGAGGUCAGGUGGUUGCAGGGCAGAUGGAGAACAGGUGCAACUCGUUAGGCCAGGACAGACAAUCAUAACAGGUGGAAAAACACACAAAGGCUGCAAGACAUCACACACAACAUUUCAAAACCAAAAAAACCUAAACUAAACGCUAGGAUCAUGACAGACCUGGAAGCAUUCCUAAAAAGCAUUCAAAAGUAGCUUACACACCUGUGCCAGGUCCACAAAUAAAAUACUCCACAUUAACCAAACACCAACAACAACUGACCUUUGAACAAAUCACAUGUGUUUAGAAAUGAACAAUUGUAUUCUACGCUGGAUGAUGUGUUCGGAAUUUCCUCAUACUGUACGGAACAACCGUACAGUAUAGUGUUUACAUAAAAAGAUAUGCUCAAUUACUCACUUUUUAAUACUCUCUACCCUUUAUAUGAUUCAAAGACACUUCUACGUUUAAAUAAUACCUGUGUUGAAAUUUGAAACUGACCAUGAAUAAUUGUCAAUGAACCGCCUGGCUAUCACAUGAAAUAUAAACAUUUAGGACACAUCGUAAACCUUCUCUGCUUUUUUCAUGAUAAAGCAAUAAUUGUCUAAACAAUAUCAGCAUUGGUGUUACCGUAGAACUGUAACAGGAAGAUCAAAUAUGGGGGCCAAUUUGCGCCAAAAAUGUCCUUAGGUAUUCUGUUUUCCAAUGCAAUUUGUUGUCUUUAUUUUUACAUUUUCUUGUCACUACAUUAUAUUUUUACUUGGUUAUCGCUUUGCAUUUGCAUUUAUUUGACUUUGUUUCCUUUUCAUACAUGCUGAUGACAUACAUCUUUAAUAAACGGACACAAAUA